GAGCUCCAAAUCCCAAUUCCACCGCAAAAAUGGCAGCACCCCUUGCGGCCGUCGCUCGAGCGCCCAAAAUGGGUCGCAAAGAGAUAUUUCUCCCCAAUUUCACAAUCACCCUCCUCCGCACUCCGAAUUCACCACCCUCGUUCGCUUCCUUUAUCGUACCCCUCAAUUUGAACAAAUUGGACUUGAGAGAUUAUUUAUGGAAUGCCUAUGGAAUCGAGGUUCGAGGAGUACGAAGUUACAUCCAAGCGCAAAAAUUGAGGGAAGGAAAACCAGGAGCGAAAAUGCCAACGCCGAGGAAAUGGUUCAGACCGAGGAGUAUCAAGAGGAUGAUGGUGGAGAUGGAUAGACCGUUUGUGUGGCCUGAAGAACCCAAGGACUUCUCCGAAUGGGAUCAAGAGGGAGUCAAGAAACGUCAAGAAUACGAACAAGAGCUACAAGCAGGCCAAUAUCCGGAUGCCAAACAAAAGCCCAGCAAAGAACGUUUAUCAAUCGCAGAGCAAGCAAGAAAAAUCUUGCAAGGAAAGGAGAAAUGGGCACCUACGAGAGAUACCUGGAUGAACGUAGGAGAGGAAGUUGAGGUGGAGACGGAUGUGACGGUUCCUCGUAUUAGAAGACGGGAAUAGAUAAAGAUUUGGAGGAAGUGUAAGCAUUGAACUUUGGAAGAGCAUGUAUAUUGCAAGAUACAUUGUAUGAAUAAUUCAUUGAAUGGGGUAUAUGAAUAUGAGAACAAAAAAAAACAUGUAUACACCAGCCCAAUUCUGGCA